AUUGGCAUGGUUGAAACAUUGAAGACAGAUUGGUCAGUACUGGUGUUCUGCAUAUCACAGGCUGCCCGGUAGCGAGGUCCACGGAUUGCCUGCCUUUGUUUGCCAGCGUGCAAUGUGCAUGCCUGGUUAGACGUGCGCCGAAUACACUGACUUCUUCCACAACCCCUUAUCCCAUGACCCAACCUAUUAAUUAACCCGGGCGAACCGCUACUACGCCAAGUCUAGAUACAUCCAGUUUGGCAUCCUCGGCCUCACCUACUUCCGCCAUUUCCCAUCAGCGGCGCACCAAAUACUACAUCCAAUCCUGCACAACUGGAAUUGCGAGCCGUCUUUUGCUAUGUCACCAAUCACAUACAACAUCGGUUCCACAAAUCAAUCAGUCUAUUUAUCCGCGUAUUUGUCUCCCCCACCAAUACUCCGACUGCUGUUUACAUAUCCUCUGUCAUUAAACUUGAAGAAUGUGUAUGUGAUCGGGAUGGCAGGGAUUGAGGAAGAAGGUAUCUCUUUCAUCGGGGGAACAGACCUAGCAGACUGCACCCUCGAUCCAUUCUCAUCAUCAAACUUCACACUUGACCCAGAUGUUCAAGCCGUACUUUGUGGCUCAGACCUCAGCGUAAAGUAUACCAAGCUAUCAAAAACUUUCCAAUACCUCACACGAAACCCCGGCUGCCAAUUCUCGCGCUCCAUUACGCUUGUGCUGGAGAAGGAUCCGAUAAGUAUCGGAAAACCCGCAAAGACGAUGUUGGAUUGUAUUCAAGCCAAGGUGAAAUUCGAUCCGAAACGCACGAUAAUGGUCGGAGAUCGCUUGAACACUGAUAUUUUAUUCGGACAAGCUGGAGGUCUUGCGACGCUCCUUGUUCUGACGGGCAUCACAUCGAAGCAAGAUAUCACCGGCCCACAUGCUUCACCAAUAGUACCCGACUACGUCACCCAGUCUAUCGGAGAACUUCGCAUCCUCGAUGGAAAAUAG